AUGUUCUCCGCCGCUGAUAGCUGGGAGCUCGAGAGCUCCACGGCCGCGCCCCUCCUCAUUUCCGAGCCGCAGGACUUUGUCCUCGGCCGGAACGCAGACUGCCUGAAGCUCCUCCCCGCACUCGACCAACGAGUGUCCGACGAGGGCAAGUCCGUUUCGCGCCGGCAAGCGACACUGCGCCUUGCUGCCGACGCGAGCGAGCUCAUACUGACUUCGCAGAGCAAGAGCAACCGCACUGGCGUGCGGCGCGGAGCCUCCUCCGAGUGGAACUGGCUGCGACAGAAUGAGAGCUGCGUCGUCUCCGAUGGCGACGCAAUCGCCCUGGCAGAGCCGAAGAGCUCCGCCUCCGCUCCGACUCUGAUCCUCACCCUCCGCAACGUGCUCGCGGCUGCGACGCAAGAGGCCGCAAAGGAGCGCGGCGCAAAGUGGGACCGCGCGCGCAAGGCGUGGUUCGUCCCUGCCGGCACGCCGCUUGCCCCCUUCGCGGAGUGGCUUCCGGCCGGCGGCGCCGCCGCGCCUCCGCCGCGCUCUGCCUGCGCCGCCGCCUCGCCCGCCUCCUCCUCCGCCUCGCCACUGCCGCGCACCGCGCCGAGGGCUGCGCCGCCCGACUUUGCGGUGAUCCUCGAGGUCGAGGAGGACGACGAGGCGCUGCACUCUGCCCUCGCCGCGAUGGAGGCCGCUUGCGACCCGAGGGUGCACGCGCACUGCUUCCAGCAGGCCGGCACGCGCCACCUCACCCUCUACACGCUCAAGGGCGUCCCGCGCGCGACCGCGGAGAGGAUCCGCUUCGGCGCCGCCGCGCCGCCGCCCGCGCUGCCGCUGCGCGUGCGCUUCUCGCGGCCGCACGAGUGGGCCAACGCCCUCGCCUUUGCGGUGGACGCGGAGAGCGAGGUCCGGCUGCGGCAGGCGAUCGCCGCGUGCGCCUCCGGGCUCGAGGGGCUGCCUCCGCGCGGCAAGGCGGGCGCCAAGCCGUGGACGCAGCGGUACGGCCACGCAUACGAGGCGGGCGAGCUGCACCUGACCCUCUACCGCGUGCGCGACGCCUGCGCGGCCCUCGGCAAGGCGAAGCCCGCCGUGCUCGACGAGUUCGAGCGCGCGCGGCGGGCGGUCGCCGGCGCCUCGCUGGGCUCCGUCAAGGGGGUGCGCAUCUCGAUCAAGGAGGUCGGAGGGCCGUACGACGCGUGCCGCCCGCUCGCGGGCUCGCUCGCCCCGGGCUGACGGAUGCCUGCAUUGUUGCAUGGACGCUGGAGUGACGCGCGGUGGGGCGCAACGCUACGUGAGGAGGAGCGGGGUUCCCGCGAGCGCUGUACUGCAGUUACCGCGACUGUUUUGUG